GAUAGAUGGAUGGAUUUUGCAUUUUGAAAUUCAGAAUAUUCAUUGACUUUUUUAUCAAGUUUGUGACUAUAUUUUCGUUGACUGAAUUACAUUUUAACGAUGAUUGAAAUUUCUACUAUAAGUGUUCUGCUCAUUGCAUUUACAGUAAACCUUUUACUUUUUAAACUUUUUGUUGUUGUAAAACGAAAACGUUAUCCAAACGGACCAUUUGGUCUGCCAGUUCUCGGUCAUUUGCCGUUUUUUGGAAAAAGUCCUCCAAUCACGUUUUCGCAAUGGGGACAGAAGUAUGGAGACGUGUUCCGUAUUAGAAUGGGAAGCUGGAAUACCGUUGUUGUGAAUGGGUAUGAAGCAAUCAAAGAAGCUGCUGAAAAAACGGAUGAUGCUUUCUCGGGCCGACCGGAAUUCAUGACACAAAAACUGUUACAAGAAAUUACUGGAGAAAUUUCACUUGCAUUUGGACCUUUUGAUGAUAUUUAUUUACAACAUCGUAAAGUAGUCGCCACUGCCUUGCGACAUUUUACUUGUCGUAAAAGUAGAUUUACAGAAGAUCUGAUAUCUGAAGAAGCCGUCCAGCUUGUUGAGAAUUUGUUAAAGAAGUCAAAACAGGAACCUGUAGAUAUUAGGGAGAAUAUACAAUAUGCUACCGGGAGUGUGAUCUAUCAAAUGUUGUACGGACGUGGUAUUGAUUUGAAAGAACAAUUGAACAGAAUGGUUGAAUCUGCAAACAAAUUUAUUAAAUUCACAGGAAGCGGAAAUCCUGCUGACGUAUUGCCAUGGUUACGAUAUUUGAUGCCUUGGAAAAUUACUGGCUUCAGAAAUAUGAACAUCUACGUGGAAGCAAUUCGGAAAGGGCGAAUUGAAAACCACAUCCGAUCAUUUUCUCCUGGUAAUGUCAGGGACAUCACUGAUACUUUUUUAGCUGCAGACCUGCAAGGAAAGAAUAGAAAUGAACGUGGAUUGACUAGGUCAAGACUGCUGAAUAGCACUGCGGAUUUGCAAGGUGCUGGAUUCGAUACAAGUAACAAAUCGCUUCAGUGGCUCAUCUUAUACAUGUCCAUGUAUCCAGAAGUUCAAGAAUGUGUCCAGCACGAGAUCGAUGAAGUCAUAGGAAGCGGGCGCAGAAUCGAGUUAGUGGACAAGUCCCGUCUUACCUAUACGGAAGCGACAAUUUUAGAAGUAAUGCGAAUGACCACAAUUGUUCCAUUUGCACUGCCAAAGCUUACAAUUAAAGACACUACAUUAGGAGGAUACGACAUUGAUAAAGGAACCGUGGUCUUUUUCAAUCUCCAUUCGGUAUCGUACGACAAGGAAUUCUGGGGUGAUCCCCAAACAUUCCGCCCUGAACGAUUAAUUGACGAAAACAAUAAAUUGAAUACGGAAAAGUGCAACCAUAUUUUACCAUUUGGACUCGGACGAAGACGAUGUGUAGGAGAAUUUCUUGCAAGAAUGGAGCAAUUUCUUCUGUUUACAAACGUCAUCAGAAGAUGUAGAUUUUCAAAACCUGCAGAUGAAAGUUACGAUAUGGAACCCGACCCUGGUCUUGUAUACUCACCAAAACCGUUUCGUGUUGUAGUGGAGGAACGACAAUGAUUUGGACUGCCAUUUUCAAAAUGGUGUGUGCCAUUUCUGUAUCGUACGACAAGGAAUUUUGGGGAGAUCCGCAAAACUUUCGGCCUAAACGCUUUAAGGUGAUAACAACAAAUUAUAUACGGAAAAAUGCAAACAUAUUUUAUCUUUUGAACUUGGAUGAAGACGAUGUUUUGGAGAAUUUCGGGUUGAAACGGAAUUAUAGCUUUAUUUACAAACAUCAUAAGAAAAUGGAGAUUUUUAAAACCGGCUUGUGAAAACUAUGACUUGGAGCGAGAUCCUAGUCUUAUAUAUUCAACAAAACAAUUCAUUGUAGACAAUUAACGAAAAUUUGAGCCUCGCCAUAAGAAAACCAACAUAGUGCAUUUGCGACCAGCAUGGAUCCAGACCAGCCUACGCAUUUGCGCAGUCUUGCUAUGGUCCAUGCUGUUCGCUAACGGCUUCCCAAAUUGCUUUAGGGUUUGAAAUGCGCAGGCUGGUCUGGAUCCAUGUUGGUCGCAAAAGCACUAUUUUGGUUUUCUAAUGGUGCGGCUGACUUUGAUAACAUUUUCAAAAUCUAAAGCACCGCCAUGAAUCAGAAUUGUUAAUAUAAAUGUUGAUAAGAUGACGUUAUACGUUCGAUGAGAAUUUUUUGUUAAUGUCUUCAUAUAUUUGUAUCAUCCAUAUUAUGUUCAUAAAGUGAAUUAACCGGAGACUUUUGAAAAUGUACAUUUGCAUUUAAAAUCUCUAAACAACUAAAUUAUCACUGUGCCUAUAACUUCAAAAGGCACAAUAUUCCAGUCACAGUCAUUUUGAACAACGCUACGGUAAUCGAUUUUAUUGUGUUAAAUACACUGUAUUAUGCACUAGGUAUUUGUAUUACAGUUUUCAGAAAAAAUAUAUGCCCUGCUUUGUAUUGCUAGUGAGAACUGAAUAUAAUGCAAUGCAUUCGUUUGCUACAGAGUGUUACCCCUAGCUGCAAGCCUAGCUGCAAGCCUUGUUCAGAUAUGUAUAACCUUUUUUUCACAUUUAUCAAUAGAUUAAACUGAAAUAUGUGGAAUUCAACAUUUUUUGUACGAUGUCAAAAUCUAAAUAUUUCUAGUUUCCUUACCAAUUACAAAUUAGCCGUAAAGUAUACUAUUUAUGUUAAACGGAUCUUUUUCCGUGUUGAUU